AUGAUGAGACACACUUGUCCGUACCAUCUGAUUUCGGUGACGAUCAAACUUGUGAAUCUCGUUAAGCUGAGGCUUGGAAACGCGCGCGAGCGGCGGGUGGAUUUUUCUCUCGUCGAGCGACGACGAAGACGACGAAGACGACGGACGACGACGCGGGUGAUGCUCGAAUCAAGGCAUAGUUCAAUUGAGGACUCCGUGUUCAGUGGCUUCCUUUGA